AUGGGAAUUCGUGACUAUGUUUCUUCCAGAAGUUCCAACAGAGAUGAUUCUGGCGACGACGACCGUUACGUCGCCGAUAGCAUGGAAAAGCAAGAGCUUCCUAUCGACAUCGAGAGUGUCAGUACAGACUCAGGGGGCGAGGAUAAUGUCUUCAAUGACCCCAACAUUGCCAGUUAUUACUCUACUGUCUAUGAAAAGAGUCAAUACGAGUGUCGUCACCUCUUCGAUCCAGAAUUUACAUGGAGCAAGCAAGAGGAAAAACGAGUCGUCAGAAAGAACGAUUGGUACGUGACAUUCUGGACACUGUUUAUGUUUACUGCGCUUGAUUUUGACCGAAAUAACAUUAGCCAGGCUCUAGCCGAUAACAUGUUAGAGAAUCUGAACUUAACAACGAAUGAUUACAACACUGCUAGCACAAUCAACCUGGUUUGUUUUCUUGCCGCUGAGCUACCAUCGCAAUUGAUUUCCAAGAAACUUGGAGCAGAUAUUUGGAUCCCAACUCAGAUUUGCUUGUGGAGUAUUGUAUCAAUUACGCAAGCUUCCAUGACAUCAAAAGCUGGAUUUUACAUCACGAGGGCACUGCUUGGUGCGCUCCAAGGUGGAUUCAUUUGCGAUGUUUGCUUGUGGAUGAGCUACUUCUUUACAUCAAAAGAAUUGCCUUUUAGAUUGUCAAUAUUUUACAUUGCGAACCCUAUGACCGCUGUUUGGUCCAGUCUCCUGUCUUUCGGCUUAUUGAAAAUAAAAACUGGAGGACUCAUGGAUCAGUCUUGGAGAUGGUUAUUUCUCGUAGAAGGAGCUUUCACCCUUUUGGUUGGUGUUGCGUCUUUCUUCAAGAUGCCAGCGUCUCCAGCACAAACCAAAUCAUGGUAUCGCAAGAAGGGUUGGUACACUGAUCGGGAAGAGAAGAUAGUCGUGAAUAGGGUUCUACGCGAUGAUCCUUCUAAAGGAGAUAUGCAUAAUAGACAACCAGUUAGUCCUAAGGAAUUACUAAGGUCGCUAUUGGAUUACGAUCUUUUACCAAUCUACAUUGUUCGGUUUUUGGGCGAUAUCGGGACGUCACCUGUAUCGAACUAUAUGACUCUCACUUUGAGAAAACUGGGCUUUUCCACGUACAAAACAAAUGCCCUUUCGAUACCAUACAACAUUAUAUCAGUAAUACUAAUGCUCCUGGCCGGCUACUUCUCCGAGAUUGUCAAUCAGCGCUCCCUGGUCAUUAUGGGAACGCCCAUUUGGAUUCUGAUAUUUUUGUUUCCCUUACGGUACUGGCCUGGAUCUCAGGUAAAUGUGUGGGGCACAUACACUUUGCUUACUUUGCUACUGGGACAUGCACCUAUAUGGCCACUUUCUAUCAGCUGGUGUUCUGCCAACUCGAAUUCUGUUAGAACUCGUGCUGUCUCCGCUGCGGUUGUAAACGUCUUUUCACAAUCUGCGGCGAUCGUUUCUGCAAACAUUUAUAGAAUGGAUGAUAAACCAAAGUAUCACAGAGGAAAUGAAGCCCUUAUCGGGAUUGCCUUUGCAACCAUAGCAGCUUGUCUAUUUGCUAAAUUUUACUACAUUUGGCGUAACAAACAGAAAGAAGCACGGUGGAGUGCCUUGUCCGAAGAUGAAAAGCGCGACUAUACCAUUUACACCAAGGAUGAAGGAAAUAAAAGAUUGGACUUCAGAUUUGUUCAUUAA